CAAGCCAAAGAAACUUUGCAGGCGUUUCUCAACCACAGAACGUGGCUAGUGGAUGUGCGUUAAGCAUGCCCAUACAAAAGAAUAAAACCAACACUGUUCCUUUUAAUGACCUUCCAAGAGUCUCAAUGGAAAACAUAAAUCUUCUCAAGAACCAAUGCGACAUGGUAUACAGUACUUCUUUGGUAUUACCUCUGGUACAGAACGAGAAAUUUAAGGCAGUAAAAACGAUAGCAAGUGGCAAUCAAACAAAAAUUGCUAACCUUCUUGUGAGCAGGCCUCCAUAUAUGUCUGUUGAACGAGAAGACUUUGAAAAAAAUGACGACCGGCUAAAGUUCAACAGACCUGAACAAGACACUACUUCUCUCACUGAAUUAACUCUUCCCGUAGUAUCAAGAGCUUCAAGAAGUGAUUGUGAAAUAUCUCUUUGUCAUUCUUUAGAUUUACCUCAGGAAUGUAAAAAUGAAUUUAUAGCCUCAAAAAAAGUAGUAGGUGAAAUAGUUAACCGUUCCUUGAGAAUACCUCCACAUCUAUCGAAUGAUGUAGAAGAUUUGAGAAAAGAGGCCUGCCGAGAGGGCAAAUCAACAAGUUUAGCGAGUACUAGUGGUCAAACAAAGAUCACGAGAAAAUCACAAGUUUUAAGCAAACGAGAUUUACAAAUUGUUUUUAGAUCAGUUAGAAGAGGUGGAACAAUUAGAUACGAAGAGGCUUCUGCUUUAAGAAAGCACAUUGUAGAAGAGAUGAAAAAGGCUAUGAAUAACUCAAGAACAGAACUUCGUUUUCGUAAAAGUGGUAUUGUAGAUCCUGGUUGGUUUUUAGUAACGGCCGAUGAUGAGAUAUCAAGAGAUUGGCUCCUCACUGAAUACCGUCCCUCUUCAAUAAAUGGAAUUUGUUUUUCAGCCUUUACACAGAAGGCUGCUCAAAGAAUUGUGAGAAUCGGUUUUGAGUUGAGAACUAGAGAUAUAAAUAUAACAAAGGUUAUCGAAUUAUUAAAAAUUCAAAAUCGUCAAUUAAAUAUCGAUAGCUGGCAGUUCUUACAGAAAGAAAGAAGCAAAAAAAGGUGUUUUCUCACGUUUGGAGUGGAUAAGGAAGACCUACGUAGAUUAGAGUCGGCUAAGUGGACGCUGUAUUACGAAUUAUUUACUUUGAAAGUUCGCAAGCUUUCAUCGUGAAACACAGAAAUUUUCUCGAAAUAUGGGGCUGACUUGCAAACAAUUUUUCGCAGUUCUUACCUCUCUGCAUUGAUGACAAAAAUGAUAAAAAUGUAAAUGAAAAUUCAUUAUCAUUCCAAUGUGAACAGUAUAGUAUCACUUUGUCAAAAUUUGAAGAUUCGUUUCAUAGCCAAACUUGUCAUUUGUACUUUGGAAAGAAAACAAAAAAAUUUUAAAAAACACAAAUUUUUCAAUUCUUCAUAACGG